AUGCGAGCAAUUCUUUGUCAUCUAUUUAUCAUUUGCUGCAUGUCAAUAGUUGUUGCAUGCCAACAACAGCAACCAACCAAUGGUACUCUUGGUUUCAUUUACUCACUCAACUCAACCAAAUCUGUCAGCUAUCUUCUCCCAAAUAUUGGUGGCACAAUUAGUUGCAUGGUCGAAGGUGAUUCAGUUCUCUAUGGAGAGUUCUCAUUGAGUGAAAGUACAGUGAAACCAGGAUAUACAUGGACAAAUUCGAAUUAUAAUAAGCCAUUGUCUCCAGUUGCUUUCUUUACUUUGAAUUUGAGUCAAGUUUUCAUUCCGCCAAAUGUCACUGAAGAUCAAAUUGAUUUUGAAACAUCAUUUAUGGUCAAUUGGAAGAGUUUCAUUCCAACAAGCUUUAAUCUUGAUCCAACUUCAUACGAAAUUAGAAAAUAUUAUGCAUCUGCCAAUAGUUUUUACCCAUUUUCCACUUAUGCACCAAAAGAUUAUGGAACUUUAGUCCAAAUCGAAGAUGCCUCAGAAAUUGUUAUCACAUUUGGUAUUUUCGUGUUCAAUUCAAUGCAAAAGGUUUCUUUUGAUGAGUACGUAGCUAUUAACUAUCCAAGAUCCUUGUGGUUGGACAAUUAUAGUUCAGACAAUAUCAAAAAUGUUUCGUAUAACUUUCCAUUAGCAAGUUAUACUCCACAUGCAUUAACAAAUAAUGUAAUCAAGGUGAUAAGGGGCUCUACAGGUAGUAAGGGAGCCGUACCAAGUAAUUAUGCAAUCCUGGGUCUGUUUUUAUAUAGAACUUAUGAGGGUCACACCAGUAACAUUACUCUAACUCAGUCAUCUGUCUCUAUUUCUUAUGAGAAAUCACAAUAUUAUCUUGAUUUUAGCUAUAAAAUGGUUGAUAUAGAUAUAGAUACAUUGACAUGCCAAUUUAUUGCUUAUAAUUCAUUAACUUCACUUAAAAAGACUCUCACCAAGGAUCAAUUGAUUUGUGACUUGGACAAUUCAUAUUCACAAAAUCAUGAUUUGUAUAUUAUUGCCAAAUUGAAGCCUAAACCACCUACUCCACCUACUCCUCAACCAUCCAAUAAUAAUAAUGGAAACAAAAAGACAAUAUUGAUGGUUACAGGAUUUGAAGAAACUUUAACUUUGACGAAAGGUCAAGAACAAGUUUUUCAUGUUUUUGCAAGUUCCAAAAAGAAAAAUUUAAUUCAUUUUGACGCCAAGCUCACCAAUGGAAAUGGAAUCAUUUCGAAUAUCUAUUCGUAUAAUGUCUACUUGUUGGUUUCGAAUACUGAUCUCCUUGCCACGGAUUGCAAAUUCUCAAUUACUCCAAAUGUAACCUCCCUCCCAGGUUCAACAGAUCCAAACAACAAUUCGAAUCUAUUCUCCAUAGAACAAAUUCUUGUCAUUGUUCUACCAAUAGUUGUUGGUGGUGGCGUGAUGGUUUGUGCCAUUGUUGCCUUUAUUAUUGUGGCACUUGUUGUUUACAGAAAGAGAAGGAAUACAACAACAUCAGAUAUGAAUGUACAAUUGAUGCAAACAACUCCCUAUUAUGAAAUUAGUAGACAAUAA